AUGCUGCUCCUACCAGUCCUCACUUUUCUCCUGGCAACCUGCCAGGCCCAGGAAGAAGGGGAUACCUUUGUAUCCCCUUCAAUCGAUGGUAUUGCAAUAUCAACCGAUGCUGAGCAUAUCCUGCAUCGCAACGCCGAGAUAAUCUCCCGGCUGGCAGAGACGCCCGCACAAGGUGUGCGAAAGAUGAGCAGUGACGAAGGGGAGAAAUUUUUCCUGGAUUACUGGCAAUUCCUCGACAAUGCGCAGGGAUUAUCGGAGCGAGAGACCAAGGACGAGACCAUGAAUGACGAGAUGCCGGAAGUGUUUCUGGAGAGAUCAUUCCCUCUCCAACCCCCCUCUUUACCGUCAGUUCUAGAUAAUCUAUUGCAAGUCCGGGACUUCAAGUGUCCGACGGGUACAUACAGCUGCACGUCCAUCGGCCAGCCGAAUCGCUGCUGCGGUGCCGGAGAGACCUGUGUGUCGGUCCAAGAUACGGGGUCGGGAGACAUGGGCUGCUGCCCUAGUGGACAAACAUGCUCUGGACAGAUUGGAUCGUGUCAAUCUGGAUACACAACGUGCUCCGAAGCGCUGGGUGGUGGAUGCUGCAUUCCUGGCUACGAGUGUGUCCCCGGCGGAUGUAAGUACCGAAAUCAUUCCUCGGUUGGUCAGUAUGCCUUUGCUGACUGCUACAAUCCAGGCGCCUACGUCUCCAUCGUUACAGUGACUCUCCAUUCGACCGUGAUGGUAUCCACAAGAACGUAUUCGACCGAGCCGCAGAGUAUCCCGAGCUCUACGUCUUCGUCUCACACAAGCAACACCAAAGCGACAAGCAACACCAAAACGACAAGCAACACCAAAACGACCGAAAGUCUGGCACCGCCGGCCCGUCCUACAAGCCUCUCAACCGCCACUACGGGAGAGGGAUUCUGCCCGACUGGGUUCUAUGCUUGCUCGGCCGUCUACCACGGCGGGUGCUGCCAGACAGGUCGAGACUGCGAUACCACGUCGUGUCCUACAACAUCUUCGACGACGCUCACCACAGAUGGUAGGACAAUUGUAGUGCCUGUCACGGCUACAGCAGGGAACCAUGGAGGUGGAGGACGGUGCGCGAACGGUUGGUUUAGCUGUGCGGACACGGUGGGUGGAGGCUGUUGUCCUUCCGGGUUUGUAUGCGGGUCGAGCUGCACGGCGACGGCGGCGACGGCGGCGACGGCGACCACGGUGGCCAAGGAGCAAGCAACGAAUGGGUGCAGUGGAUUAUCUCCUGGGAUGCUGGGGAUUGGCCAGCAACCCCUGCCCUUCAUCUACCAAUUCGCCGCCGGUGCAGUGGCUGGUGUGUCGGAGCUCCAGUCAGGCGUCGCGGUUCCGGGCCAGGAUCACUAUACCGGCAUGCUCGACUGCUUCCGCAAGAUUGUGAAGAACGAGGGAUUUUCCCGUCUAUACCGUGGUAUCUCGGCCCCCAUUUUGAUGGAGGCGCCCAAGCGUGCGACCAAGUUCGCCGCUAAUGACAGCUGGGGCACCUUCUACCGUGGCCUGUUUGGCGUGGAGAAGCAGACGCAGGGUCUGGCCACGCUGACCGGCGCCACGGCUGGAGCAACAGAGGCGUUCGUGGUGGUUCCUUUCGAGCUGGUGAAGAUUCGCCUGCAGGACAAGGCAUCGGCGGGCAAGUACAAUGGCAUGCUUGAUGUGGUUAAGAAGAUCGUACAGACCGAGGGCCCUCUGGCCAUGUACAAUGGCCUCGAGUCGACGCUGUGGCGCCACAUCCUGUGGAACGCAGGUUAUUUCGGUUGUAUCUUCCAGGUCCGCGCGCAGCUGCCCGCGCCUGAGCCCGGCAACAAGAGCCAGCAGACCCGCAAUGACUUGAUCGCCGGUACCAUUGGUGGUAUUGCCGGUACGAUGCUCAACACCCCGAUGGACGUCGUCAAGUCCCGCAUCCAGAACACAACCAAGGUCCCUGGCCAGGUGCCCAAGUAUAACUGGGCCUGGCCCGCUCUCGGCGUCGUCAUGAAGGAGGAGGGCUUCAGCGCCCUGUACAAGGGCUUCAUCCCCAAGGUCCUGCGUCUUGGCCCCGGUGGCGGUAUCCUGCUCGUCGUCUUCACGGGCGUCAUGGAUUUCUUCCGCAAAAUGCGGGCCGAGUAA